CGCGACGCAUCACGCACGACCCGACCGACGCGAGACCACGAGAAAUGUUUCAGAACCUUUUCGGUAACCCCAAGGGAGCGCAGAAGGGCGGAGCUCCCAAGGCUGCCCCCGCGGGCAAGUGCCCGUGGGCGGACUGCAGCUGCGGCGCGGGAUGCAAGUGCGGCGCCAACUGCAAGUGCGGCUCCAAGCGACGCUGAUCACGCGGCACACUCGCGCGCGUCGUCAGCACCGAAACGACGAACCCCAGACUAGCGCAUAGGUACAGGUAGACGAGCGAGAGCCAGCCGUCGCGGACCCGCGUCGGAGCGAGAUGGUCCCGGCGCCGUCCAUGCCCGACCUCCAGACGGAGGCCAUGGAUCUCGCCGAGAAGGGCGCCAAACUCGCGUGCGGCUCGAGGUUCAAGCGCCUGCCCCGCCUCAUCCUCCGCAAGCUCUCCCUUCCCGUCGUCGCGGUGAUCGCCAUCAUCUGGUUCGUCUACGCCGAGGCUAUGGCCGUGGCGACGCGGUGGAUGGAGAACAGCGUGCCCGGGGUGAUGAACACCGGUGUGCUCUCGUUCAACGCGGGCGUCGGUUUCCUCAUGUACCUGUGCUGCGUGUACAGGGACCCGGGGAGGGUGCCGACGGCGUGGCGACCCCCAUCGCUGAACGACUUGGAAACCGGCGAAUUGGAGUCCGGGGUUGACGGGGGGACGCAUGGUCAUCACGGCGGACUGCAGGAGCUCAAGCGCAAGGGCGGCGCGCGGUACUGCAAGAAGUGCGCAAAGUACAAGCCCCCGCGGACGCAUCACUGCAGGGUGUGCAACCGGUGCGUUUUGCGCAUGGACCACCACUGCGUGUGGGUGAACAACUGCAUCGGCCACCGCAACUACAAAUCGUUCUUCACGUUUUUGUUUUACAUUACAGUCGCGUGUUGCCACGCGUUUGGUAUACUGGCGGGGGACGCGAUCGGGCGGUUCAGCGGCGACGACGACGACGUGGGGAAGAGCCACGCGGAUCACAGGGUGAACCACGGCGAGGACGACGGCGUCGCCGCCUCCGUCGCCGAGAUGGCCGCGUUGAUUUUAUCGCUGUGCCUGUCUGUGGCGCUUUGCCUGCUGUUCGGGUGGCACUGCUACCUGGUGGUGAACAACAAGACCACGAUCGAGCACUACGAGGGCGUGCGGUCGAGGCUGGUGGGGCCCAAACCCGGCGACGUCGGUCAGGCGGGCGGCGACGGCUACGCGCCCAGUCUGGACGGCGUUCAGCACCCGUACUCGCUGGGUGCGAGGGCCAACCUGAGGGAGAUCCUCGGGCGGAGGGUCGCGUGCUGGCUCGCGCCGGGGUGUUCCAUCGCGGGAGACGGCCUGAGCUUCGCCAACGUCGCGAGCAUGGGGUACGCGCGGUGGGCCAAGGAGAAGGCGCUGCGGGAGAGCGAACUGACCCUCAUGGGCGAGGAUUGAUCGAGUUUAUAGACUUUCAUCGAAUCCGCAAUCGCGUC